CGGGGAGUCGGGUUCAAAGGAGGAAACAUGGCGGAAAACAAAGGAGGCGGCGGCGGCGGGGAGGGGGCUGCCGAGGCCGGGCCGGGCGGCGGUGGCGGCCUAGAACCUGCAGCCGCCUCUCCGUCCGGCGCCGCGCCCCCCGCGCUCGCCUCCGCGCCUCCCGAAGAGCGGGAGAGCCCAGGCGCGGCGGCGGCGGCGGUGGAACGAGGUCUCGGGGAGGCCGAGGCCGAGGCGGCGGCGGGGCCCGGUGUCGCUCCCGGGCCGGGCCCCAGCCCGGUGCCUCCAUUGACACCGGCGGCUCCAGCGCCUUUCUCGCUGCUGGACACCUGCGCCGUGUGCGCGCAGAGCCUGCAGAGCCGGCGGGAGGCCGAGCCCAAGCUGCUGCCCUGCCUGCACUCCUUCUGCCGCCGCUGCCUGCCCGAGCCCGAGCGGCAGCUCAGCGUCCCCAUCCCCGGCGGCGCCAACGGCGACGUCCAGCAAGUUGGCGUGAUCAGAUGUCCGAUAUGCCGCCAAGAGUGCAGACAGAUAGAUCUGGUGGAUAACUACUUUGUAAAAGACACGUCAGAAGCACCCAGCAGCUCCGAUGAGAAGUCAGAGCAGGUGUGCACAAGCUGUGAAGAUAACGCCAGCGCUGUCGGAUUUUGUGUAGAGUGUGGGGAAUGGUUGUGCAAGACUUGCAUAGAAGCUCAUCAGCGAGUAAAAUUUACUAAAGAUCAUAUGAUCAGAAAAAAAGAGGAUGUAUCUUCAGAGGCCGUGGGAGCAUCUGGUCAACGUCCUGUUUUCUGUCCUGUCCACAAACAAGAGCAGUUAAAACUUUUCUGUGAAACCUGUGACAGGCUGACAUGCAGAGACUGUCAGUUACUGGAGCACAAAGAACACAGGUAUCAGUUUCUGGAAGAAGCUUUUCAGAACCAGAAGGGAGCAAUUGAGAACCUGUUGGCCAAGCUUCUUGAGAAGAAGAACUAUGUAAAUUUUGCAGCUACCCAAGUUCAGAAUAGGAUAAAAGAAGUAAAUGAAACAAACAAACGAGUAGAACAGGAAAUCAAAGUGGCUAUAUUCACCCUCAUCAAUGAAAUCAAUAAAAAGGGAAAAUCUCUCUUACAGCACCUUGAGAAUGUCACAAAGGAGAGACAGAUGAAGUUAAUACAGCAACAAAAUGACAUCACUGGUCUUUCACGACAAGUGAAGCAUGUGAUGAACUUCACUAAUUGGGCUAUUGCAAGCGGCAGCAGUACUGCUUUGCUCUACAGUAAGCGGCUGAUAACAUUCCAGUUACGUCAUAUUUUAAAGGCACGUUGUGAUCCUGUCCCAGCUGCCAAUGGAGCGAUUCGCUUCCAUUGUGACCCUACAUUCUGGGCAAAGAACGUCGUCAAUUUAGGUAACCUUGUCAUUGAAAAUAAACCAACUCCUACUUACACUCCUAAUGUAGUGGUUGGACAAGCUCCUCCAGGAACAAACCACAUCAACAAAGCUCCGGGACAAAUUAAUCUGGCGCAGCUCCGGCUUCAGCACAUGCAGCAGCAAGUUUAUGCCCAGAAGCACCAGCAGCUGCAGCAGAUGAGGAUGGGGCAGCCAACGGGGUCCGUUCCCAGGCAGAGCAGCCAGCAGGUCUUGCAGCAGCAGCCUCCCAGGUUGAUCAGCAUGCAGACCAUGCAGAGGGGUAACAUGAACUGUGGGGCUUUCCAAGCACAUCAGAUGAGAAUGGCUCAGAAUGCUGCUCGUAUACCAGGAAUACCACGCCACAAUGGACAACAAUACUCCAUGAUGCAGCCUCACCUUCAAAGACAACACUCUAACCCUGGCCACGCGGGGCCUUUUCCAGUUGUCUCUGUGCACAACACCACUAUUAAUCCAACUAGUCCCACCACAGCAACAAUGGCGAGUGCAAACCGUGGUCCAACAAGUCCGUCCGUUACAGCCAUCGAGCUCAUUCCUUCUGUAACAAACCCAGAGAAUUUACCUUCCCUGCCGGACAUCCCACCGAUCCAGCUUGAAGAUGCUGGUUCAAGUAAUUUGGAUAACCUUCUAAGCAGAUACAUUACAGGCAGCCACCUACCCCCACAACCUACGAGUACCAUGAAUCCCUCCCCAGGACCUUCAGCUCUGUCUCCAGGGUCAUCAGGUUUAUCCAACUCCCACACUCCUGUAAGGCCGCCCAGUACCUCCAGCACAGGCAGCAGAGGAAGCUGUGGCUCCUCGGGCAGAACUGCUGAGAAAACUAGCGUUAACUUCAAGUCUGACCAAGUGAAAGUCAAGCAAGAGCCAGGUACAGAGGAAGAGAUAUGCAGUUUCUCAGGAACAGUAAAGCAGGAAAAAACAGAGGAUGGCAGAAGGAGUGCUUGCAUGCUUAGCAGUCCUGAGAGCAGCUUGACACCACCACUAUCCACUAACUUGCAUCUGGAGAGUGAAUUAGAAGCAUUAGGAAGUCUUGAAAAUCAUGUAAAAACUGAGCCAACGGAUUUAAGUGAAAGUUGCAAACAGUCUGGACACAGCCUGGUGAAUGGGAAGUCCCCAGUGCGGAGUCUAAUGCACCGGUCUGCUAGGAUUGGAGAAGGCAAUAACAAAGAUGAUGAUCCAAACGAGGACUGGUGCGCCGUGUGCCAAAACGGAGGGGAUCUCUUGUGUUGUGAAAAGUGUCCAAAAGUGUUUCACCUGACUUGCCACGUCCCGACACUCCUCAGCUUUCCAAGUGGAGAGUGGAUAUGUACAUUCUGCAGAGAUCUGAGCAAACCAGAAGUAGAAUAUGAUUGUGACAACUCACAGCACAGCAAGAAAGGGAAAACAGCACAAGGCCUGAGUCCUGUGGACCAAAGGAAAUGUGAACGUCUCCUGCUUUACCUGUAUUGUCAUGAGCUGAGCAUUGAAUUUCAAGAGCCAGUCCCAGCCUCGAUACCAAACUACUAUAAAAUUAUAAAGAAACCAAUGGACUUAUCUACGGUGAAAAAGAAACUGCAAAAGAAGCAUUCCCAACACUACCAGACUCCUGAGGAUUUUGUGGCAGAUGUCCGGUUGAUCUUCAAGAACUGUGAAAGGUUUAAUGAAAUGAUGAAAGUUGUUCAAGUUUAUGCAGAAACACAAGAGAUUAAUUUGAAGGCUGAUUCAGAAGUAGCGCAGGCAGGGAAGGCAGUUGCAUUAUACUUUGAAGAUAAACUUACAGAGAUCUACCCAGACAGGACCUUCCAGCCUUUGCCUGAAUUUGAGCAGGAAGAGGAUGAUGGUGAAAUAACUGAGGACUCCGAUGAAGAUUUUAUACAACCACGUAGAAAACGCCUAAAAUCAGAUGAGAGACCAGUGCAUAUAAAGUAACCUAACGAUAUGGACCUGAAACUUAUUGUAAAAACUGUUAUUUAAGUGUUCCUGGAAUAUUAUCAUGCCUACGGUGGCCAUCUUGAAGAAGCUGAUAGCUUUUUAAACAGUAUUAGAUUACAAAAACACUUGUACAGAAAAGCAUUCUCAUCAAAAGGGGAAAAAAAAAAACUGUAUUGUAAAUUUUUGGUGGUUUUUUUUUUUUUUUUCCUUGAUUAUUUGCUAUAUUCUUUCUUUUCCUGAUGGAGGGGACACGCUCAUCCUGGUCUCACAAGGUAGAGGUGAUGAAUGUUGGAGAGAAGCAGGUUUGAUAACGGGAUGUUCCCUGUAGGACGGGACGGCGCGGCGAAAGGCGCUGCGGGACUGGCCCCUGGGGUGCUGUGUCUGCAACGUCCCCGAGACCCCCCCUCUGUGUGUGUGUGAACUUCAGUGCCUGUUGGUUGUUGCUUUUAUCAUCUCAUUUCAGCGGUAUCGUGAAUAACUGAUCUUCUGUCUUGAUCCGGGUUAUCUAGAUUUGACUUUCUUUACCACGUUUUAUGUAUAGCAAAAGGAAAAAAAAAAAAAAAAAAAUCAUUAAACUGUUCUGAAUUGGUGAGUGCAGGAGUGUGAGUUCUUGACAGGUGAAAGACUAAUUAUUUAAUGGGGUGGCAGCGAUCUCCUCUGGGCAGGGGAAGGUGUGUUUGUCAUGGAUCCUGUACACAGAACACGUUAGUGGUGCUCACAGCAGAACUGUCCGUCCCCGAUCCCCCGACCGAGGCAGAAUGUGAUCUCCAGUGUUCAUUGUCUCAUUUUCUGUACUUGAAGUAUAGACUGAAGAGGUAAUAACCGAUUGGGGUGUUUUUUCCAGUCUUCCUAAGUAUCAGUUUCUAAUAGACCACUCGGCAAACAAUAACCUAUUAACUACCAAAUGUGUAAAAUUUCCUGUAUUCACUUUGUCUUAUUUGUAAAUAGUGAAUUGAGAUUUCUUGCAGAUCGGCAACAUUUGCUGAACUGUUUUUAAGCUAAUAUGUAUUCUUAUUAAUUGUUCCUAUCAAGAAAAGAUUUGUAAUAUAUGCUAUUUCUAACAUUGCAUUCAUUUUGAGGUUCUGUCUUAUUUUUAUUAGCGUACUACUCAGAACUUUCUUCAGAAGCAGCUUAUGAGCGAAAUGUCCUAGAAAGAUUGGAGUAAAUCUGGUGAGAUUGGGUCACUCGUCCACCCAUUGAACAAAGCACUUGCACAGACCAGGAUUUGGCUUUUUGAGUGGUUUCUGGACAAAUCCUGUAAAGAGAACAGUUUCCCUCUGCGGCGCCUCCCCCAGCCCCUCCGCUCAGAAACAGCUCGUCACAAAGGCGCUUCCUUUGUCCGACAGAAAUCAACACUAGGAAUAAUAAGUGUAAUUUCUGGCCUUCAUAUAGAUCUUGUUAAAGAAAGAUGGGGAACUCAUCUAAUUGGCUGAGGUCAAGCUGACAGACCAUAAGAUUUUGUGUGAAUACAGCAAUUCUGUGGCAAAUCACCGGGGUUUUGGUACGCUCGACGUGAACAAUUCCUGUGGCGUUGGAUACGCUUUACCAUAGUGGUAAAAGUAAAUAUUUUAGCACAAUGUAUCAAACUGAGACAUACUCUCAGCAAUUUUUAUGCAAAUCACUUAAGAUUGGAUUUCUUUUUUUAUAAGAGCAAAUUAUAUGUACAUUGUGACUAUAAAAAGGGGACUGAAGGUAUUUGUAACUUCAAGCUCACACCUUUAGAUUUUGCAAAUGUUACACGUAAACUGUUUUUUUUCUGUUUCUCGGAUAUGAACACAGUGCCAGUUCAAAUUUAUUUUUUACCAGUUUGUAUGUGGAAGGAAAAGUAAUUCUACUUAAACAUGCUAAAUUGACAAAUAGCCCAAACUUUGCCCAUAGAAAGGAUGAUGCAUGUGAAUAGGGCACUGAUAGUACCGAGGGAUCAUGUGAUGGCUCUGUGUGUUGCCUCCUUACGCAUUUCUAGUUUCUCAGCUUCGUUUUGCAAAGGAAUAUUAUUAAAAUGAUCAUGAAAA